AUGCUUUCCUGGGAGGAUUUUCUAAGAGAUAUUUAUUAUGACCUUGCAAAUGCGGGGAGUUUCUCCGGACCCGACAAAUUGUAUAGAUAUGUACGGAAAGACGGAAAAUAUGUCAUCAGUAAAUACAAAAUAAGAAAAUUGUUACAACGCAAAGAGCCAUACAGUCUUCAGAUAUCCUUUCGACGUCCAUUCAAGCGAAACACAAUCAUAGUGACGGGGAUAGGCGAUCAAUGGUCUGCCGAUCUCAUGGACAUGGUCAAGUUCAAGAGCGAAAACGACGAUUAUGCCUACGUACUCAUAGUCAUAGACGUAUUCUCCAAGUAUCUUUGGAUGAGACUCCUCAAAGACAAGAAAGACAAGAGAGUCAUCAAGACUAUUAAAUCCAGAUUGUACAGAUAUUUUACACACAAACGAAAUUAUGUAUAUGUGACAAAAUUACAAACGUUUGCUGAAAGCUACAAUCAGACGUAUCAUAGGACGAUCGGUAUGGCCCCAGCAAAUGUAACUAAAACCAAUGAAACUUCCAUCUGGUGGAGAAUGUAUUGGCCGAAGAAACAGUCUGUGAUCCGAAAAACGAAGAAGAUUCGUAAACCUGUCAAGUUCAAAGUUGGAGAUCAAGUAAGGUUGUCCCAUUUGAGAAACCUUUUCUCCCGAGAAUACGACGAAAAAUGGACAGGAGAGAUAUUCACCAUUUCUCAAAAGAUACUACGUGGAGGCUUACAAGUGUUUAGAGUUAAAGACUACGAUGGGGAUGAGAUCAAAGGCACCUUUUAUCAGUCCGAACUCCAGAAAAAAGAUGUGAGAACUGACGACAUGUCGAAGGUGGAGACCGAUUUGUAG